CUAGCCUUCACGUUAGGUCCCUGCGUCGCCCAGCGAAGUGGUAUUGAACACACUCGGCCCUUUUUAUUACUGGAGGCUGAGUGAAUGACAUGCAAGAUGAUGGAUGCUUUGGCUGUAGUUAGUCAACUGAGGGACUUGGCUUCAGAACCGCAGAAUAGAGAAGCUAUUGUCAAAGACAAGGGAUGUCUUCCAGGCCUCGUGCUGUUCCUGGAACACUGCAAUCUGCAAGUACUGCAUUGUGCCCUUCAGGCACUGCAUAAUCUGGCAGAAUGUCCCUCUAAUAGAGAGAUAAUGAAAAAUGAGUUAGGAUUGGUGAGCAAUCUUGAGAGACUACAGAAAAGGGACGACACAUCAGAAGGCAUCAACGUUUUGGCAACAGAAAUUUAUGAACUGUUGAAGAAGCCUGUACAGACUGUCAAAGCAAGAAUUCAUAAUUCUAGCAGUACAAAACGUGUGCCAGCCCAGUUUUUCGUUAACAGCACAAUUAAGAAAGCAAAAACAAUCACACUACAAAUAGAUGGACUACAUAACAUGGAUAGCCAAAAUAUCUGUGAAGAAGCUUUAUUAAAAGUUAAUGGUGUCAUUAGCUUUACAUUCCAAAUAGCUCUUCAGCGUUGUGUCAUCAGAAUCUAUUCUGAUCUUAAAGUUGAGUCUCUUGCGUCAGCAAUUACAGCAACAAAAAUAUUACAAGCUUAUCAAGUUGUGAAAAACAAGGAUGGAAAAGAGGAUAUCAUUCCUUUUUGCACCAGUAAUGCAAAAAUAGUAGAAAGUCUGAAUUUGCCUGAUUAUCUUCCUGAGGAUGAAAGCCCAGAAAUACAGCAUAAUAAAGCUAUUUCACAAACUGGUGCAAAGGAAAACACAAAUGGAACUUGGUUAAAUGCAGCUGCAAACUUUCUAACCAAAACUUUCUACUGGUAA